AUGGACUACAGCUCGCAUCCCCUCCACCGUCCGGACAACUCGCCGCCGCGACGAAGGCGAGGAGUACACCGUCGCCCCCUCGACGACAUCCUUAACCCUACCCUAUCCGACGAUGACGAUCGGUGGUUCACCCCACAGUACCUCGAGCACUCGCCCUACGUGCAACGCCUGGAACGAGACCACAUGAGGCGGCAGGAGGCGAAGACGGCCAAGGCCUCGGGCACGAUGGGGGAUGACGAUGAUCCGUCGUUACCGCCUGGCUCCCAUCGGGGCAUGGCCCACACGAUCGUGGAGCGGCCCUCGCCCACGCCCAGCGACGACGAGGCACUCGAACCACUGCCCACCCGCUGGGGCAAAAGUGCCUAUUCCGGCCUGUCGAUCAAGUACUGUAACGAGGUUCGCUAUUCCUCGGCCAAGCCGCCCGGCGAGGAGAGGAGUCGUCAGGACGGACUGGAAGCGGCCGCCAUACGGGCCAACCACCCCAUAUCGCCCCAAUGCGGCAUCUAUUAUUUCGAGAUUACCAUCUUAGAAACGAAGCAGGACGAUGCAUCCAUUGGCAUGGGCGUCUGCACGAGCAAGGCCGCCAUGUCGCGUCCCGUCGGAUGGGAACCAGAGUCCUUUGGCUACCACGGUGACGACGGCAGGGUCUUUUGUGCCCAGACGGUGGGUAAGAGAUACUCGGAGGGCUAUAACAUGAACGACGUCAUUGGAUGUGGUGUUGAUUUCUUGACCAACUGCAUCUUCUUUACCAAGAACGGCAUCAACCUGGGACCGGCUUUUCACGACAUGAUCAAGCCCCACUGGCGGCUGUUCCCUGCGGUCAGCAUGAAGCGUAAUGGGGAGAGGAUCCUCGCAAACUUUGGCGAGAGGCCAUUUGUGUACGAUAUCGAGUCCAUGGUGCAUGGGAUGCGGAGCAAGAUCUGGAGAUCCAUCCGGAGGACGGACACCAAGGGGCUUAAGAAUACAACGUUAGAGACGGUCUUGGUGCAGAGCCUGGUGAUGCAGUUCCUCCUGACGGAAGGCCACGUGGACACGGCCACUGCGUUCUGGGAAGAAAUGAAAGGGCGGGACUCGGUCUCGAGUCCGGAGGUUGCCAACGCCGCCGAUCGAGGGCUCGAGCAUAAGGGAGACGCCACCCAACGGCAGCGCAUCCGCAAAGCCGUCCUCGAGGGGGACAUGGACAGCGUCUUCCGGUACACGCGGCAGUACUACCCGACCCUGUUGGAGGAGAGCAACAUGGUCAUGUACAAGCUGCGGUGCCGCAAGUUCAUUGAGCUCAUUCGAAAAUCGGCGGAAAUCAAGAGGGCGAUCGCCGUGGCUCGACAGGCCAAGACGCUCCAGGACGUCGACCCGGGCGACAUGGAUAUCGACAAUGGCCACGGGGGCGCCGAGCUCGUGAGCGAGGACGACCAGAUCCAGUCUACGAAGCUGAUGGACCUCGAGGCGGAGACCAUCGUGUAUGGUAGGGAGCUGCAUAAGGACUACGCGAACGACCCCAUGUACGAGGAGAGCAACCGUAAGUCGGAUAUCUGGUCGCUGCUGGCGUACAACAACCCGCUCGACGAGCCACAUCUGCAGCACCUGGUGGGCCUAGACGGCCGCACGGUGGUGGCAGAAGAGCUCAACGAAGCUAUCCUGAUGCAUCAGGGCAAGUCGUCCCACGCUGCGAUUGAGAAUGUGUAUUCGCAGACGAGCGUGCUGCUGGACGAAGCGCGUCGAGGAGGAGGCGAAGGUGCCUUUGUCUCGGUCAACGACAUUCUUGAAAACAUUAAUUUGGGACCGAGCCCGAAUUAG